AUGACUUACGAAGUACCAAGAAAUUUCCGUCUAUUAGAGGAAUUAGAGGUCGGUGAGAAAGAACAAGAUUUACCAGCAGGUAUUUCAUUCGGUCUUGAGGAUCCUUCUGAUGCAACUUUGACAAAUUGGAUUGGCUCUAUUAUUGGUCAUCCACAGACUGCUUUCAGCAACCGCUUAAUCUCCAUAAGAAUCUCGUGCGGCCAAAAGUAUCCAAAACAAGCUCCGUUCGUUAAAUUUAUCACAAAAGUAAAUCUUCCUUUUGUAGAUCCAAACGGUGGCAUCAUUCUCGAAAAAUUCCCAACACUCGGACAUUGGCAUUCAGAAACAACAAUUCUUAAAAUUUUAACAGAUAUCGCUGUUUUAAUGAAGAAAUACGGUCUUACACCCCAACCACCAGAAGGUUCUACAUAUUAA